AUGUCUUCUCCAUCUUUCCCCGUCCUUCGCCUACCAUCGAAGGCCCUUCGUGCUACCCUUCAAAAUUUUGCAAUUAUCGACUUAUUAAGUUUCUCACUUGUCUCACCAAAUUCCGUCAGAUCAUUGAAUAUCCGAGCAGCAAAUGUGAGCGUAACACUCGAUUUUAUAGAAAUCUUUCUUGUAGAGGCUGCCGGCACACACUCUAUGUUCUAUAUAAAACCGAAAUCACAUCAAAAUCGGGAAUUUCCAAUUCAUCCAGUAUGCCGAUGGCUUAAUCGAAAUUUUUCAAUAGAAAAAAUUAUCAAGAAUUUUCUCGUUGCCUUGAAUCUUCUGGAAGUGAAACAGUUACGCGUUUCUAAAGAAGACGCAACCUGUGGCAAACUGACAGGAAUCAAAUUUAAACACGUUACAAUGGUAGAGAGAAACCGUCCGAUCUUUGAUCGUUUUUAUCGUGACUCCGAUAGUCUCACCCUUUACGACCGAGCUCUUCUCGGUGAGCAAACUAGAGCCAUCUUCUCCGAAAACGUGAACAGCCUUGUGUUAAUUCCUUCGUUUGUCGUGGAUUUCAACGAUCUGUUGGCGAUUAAUGCUACUAAAGUGGACAUCGGUCGGUCAUUCACAUUAUCCAACUUGAAUCUGUUUCUCAGACAUUUUAUCAAUGGAUCAAAUCCAAGGCUGAAGGAAAUUCAUGUUUCAUUAAAAGGAAACAACCUCGAGGACUUUAAGACCACUCUGCUAAACAGUAUCAAAUAUUGGACGUCUUCCAUAUCCAAAACUUACGAAGAUGGUCGAUCAAUUGACGGGUUAGGAUUUCUACGGAUCGAUGGAGUCGAAGUGACCAUUUUUGUGGAUCCGAUUAGACACAGCUAUGAACUAACUUGUUGACUUAUUGAAUUGAAUAAAUUAUUCGAUGAAAAUAAAAU